UACAAUUUUGACGUCCGCAAGGACACAGUCUCCUCUCUCUCUCUCUCUCUCUCUCUCUCCUCUCUCUCUCUCUCUCUAAGUUACAGCGAGAAACAGCUCCUGCUUACUGUGGGAGAAGGAAGAAUCCUUCCAUGAGCUCAUUCACUCUGAAAUCUAUGCCUCUAACCUCCUCCUCCUCCUCCUCCUCCUCCUCUUCACCUCAUAUAUUCCAAUUUUGCAAUUUUCUUCCACAACCAUAACCAACAAAGCAACAUAACCUUAAACCCCACCACAAUUUGGUCAAUUUCGCCUUCUCUUUUCCUCUUCUUUAUUUAAUAUUUCUUCCACUUUCAACCUCUUUUUACUUCCUGAGAUUCAUACGGAGCAUCGAGGUUUGUUUCUCUCGGGAAGACACUGGGAUUCUAUAAUGGUCCGAACCAAAAGGCGUUCCUUUGUUUCGGCUUCGUUUGGUUUAUGGCCUUUGUUUGGGAAAACUGAAUACAACAUGCUCAGGCUUAAAACUUAUCCACUUAUAUCGCUGCGAGAUAAUGAACCUGUAGCCUAUAGAGUUGGGUAUUGGAAAGAAUGCUCUCUGAGUUUGAGUUGAGCUUUGUUCCAGUUUUCCACGCAGUUUGACUGUAUUCAAUUACUUAGGUAGGUUUCUCUUUCUUUGGCGAGUGAUUGGGAAAGAUGGUAACAUCAGGGCCACCCACUCCUAUGGGUGGUGGUGCACAGUCUGUUUCGCCCUCACUUCUACGAUCUAAUUCUGGAUUGCUGGGUGUUCAAGGUGGUAUGCUUCCUUCACAGGCAGCUUUUUCUUCACUUGUAUCACCUCGGAAUCAGUUCAAUAAUAUGAAUAUGCUCGGUAAUAUGUCCAAUGUGUCAUCUCUCCUUAAUCAAUCAUUUGGAAAUGGGGCUCCUAAUUCUGGACUUCCAUGUCCUGGCAAUAACCACCCUGGUGCUGAACCGGACCCUCUUUCUGCUGUGGGCAAUGGAAUGAGCUUUAAUAAUCCUUCAUCGUCAUUUGUAGCAUCAAAUAUGGCAAACCCCGUUUCAUCUGUCCAAGGGCAGAAUCCACAAUUUUCUAACCUUUCUAGCAACCAGUUGCUAUCAGAUCAGCAGCAGUCGCAGCAACUGGAACCCCAGAAUUUCCAACAUAGUCAACAGUCGAUGGAGCAGUUUUCUGCACUUCAGAGCAAUCAACAACCGCAAUUUCAAGCAAUUCGAGGGUUGCCUGGUGUUGGACCUGUAAAGUUGGAGCCUCAAGUGACUAGCAAUGAUCAACAUGGACAGCAGCAGCAGCAGCAGCAGCAUUUGCAAACUUUGAGAAACCUUGGUUCAGUGAAAUUGGAAUCACAACGACUUCAGUCGAUGAGAGGUUUGGCACCAGUAAAAAUGGAACCCCAACAAUCAGACCAGUCAUUAUUUCAGCAGCAGCAGCAGCAGCAGCAGCAGCAACAGCAGCAGCAACAACAACAGCAUCAGCAUCCGCAUCCGCAUCAACAGCAACAGCAAUCACAACAAUUUCUCCAUAUGUCUAGACAGUCCUCUCAGGUAGCGGCUGCCCAAAUUAAUCUAAUGCAUCAACAAAGGAUUUUGCAAUUGCAACAACAUCAACAACUCUUAAAAAGUAUGCCUCCUCAACGGCCACAAUUACAACAACAUUACCAACAGCAGAACCUUUCUCUGAGAUCUCCUGUUAAACCAGGAUAUGAACCUGGAAUGUGUGCCCGACGUCUGACUCAUUACAUGUAUCACCAGCAACACAGACCUGAAGACAACAACAUAGAUUUCUGGAGGAAAUUUGUUAACGAGUACUUUGCACCUCAUGCCAAAAAGAAAUGGUGUGUUUCCAUGUAUGGAAGUGGACGACAAACAACAGGAGUGUUUCCUCAGGAUGUAUGGCAUUGUGAAAUAUGCAACCGCAAGCCUGGGCGUGGCUUUGAAGCAACUGCUGAGGUUCUUCCCAGGCUUUUUAAGAUCAAGUAUGAAAGUGGUACUAUGGAGGAACUACUUUAUCUUGACAUGCCUCGUGAAUAUCAUAAUGCAUCUGGUCAGAUCGUCUUGGAUUAUGCAAAAGCAAUACAGGAAAGUGUUUUUGAGCAACUUCGUGUUGUCCGCGAUGGCCAACUUCGAAUCGUUUUUUCUCCAGACCUUAAGAUAUGUUCUUGGGAAUUCUGUGCUCGACGCCAUGAAGAACUUAUUCCUAGGAGAUUGCUGAUACCUCAGGUCAGUCACCUUGGAGCAGCAGCUCAAAAAUUCCAGUCUGCCAUUCAAAACACAUCAUCCAAUUUAUCAACGCCUGAAUUGCAAAACAAUUGUAACAUGUUUGUGGCUUCAGCACGACAAUUAGCUAAAGCCUUGGAAGUUCCGCUGGUAAAUGACUUGGGAUAUACAAAGAGAUAUGUACGUUGUCUUCAGAUAUCCGAAGUGGUUAAUAGCAUGAAGGACUUGAUUGAUUACAGCAAAGAAACAGGGAUUGGACCAAUGGAUAGUCUAGCCAAGUUUCCUCGGAGGACAAGUUCAUCAUCAGGGGUUACGAAUCAAGCUCCAAUUUCUGACGAACAGCAGCAACAACAAUCAUCCAUAGCCCAGCGCUCGAAUAACAACCAGAGUUCUGUCCAGGCUUCUGCAGUACAGCAGCUUACAGCUAGCAAUGGUGUGUCCAGUGUAAAUAAUACCGCCAACCAACCUUCAACAUCAAACUCAGCAAGCACCAUUGCUGGCCUUCUUCACCAGAAUUCUAUGAACUCGAGACAGCAGAACUCUAUGCCUAAUGCUAGCAACUCAUAUGGGGGAAGUUCUGUUCAGAUUCCAUCACCUGGUUCUUCCAGUACAGUUCCACCUACGCAACCGAACCCUUCGACAUUCCAGCCACCAACUCCCUCAUCAUCCAACAGUCUUUCACAACCAUCACAUGCAGUUGCAAAGAAUCCCAAUCAAAUGAGUGCUGCUAAUUCUCCGGCAAAUAUCUCGAUGCAGCAACAACCUGCCUUAUCUGGAGAUGCCGAUCCUAGUGAAACACAGUCCUCCGUGCAAAAGAUCCUGCAAGAGAUGAUGAUGAACAAUCAAAUGAAUGGGCCAAAUAGUCUAGUUGGUGUUGGUUCCGUGGUCAAUGAUAUGAAAAACAUGAAUGGGGUCUUACCUACAAGUAGUACAGGUCUCAACAAUGGCAAUUGUAUAGGGGGAAAUGGAGCGGCAAACGGUGGCUCAGGGAUGGGAGGAGGUGGAUACGGAUCAAUGGGAAGUGGGCUAGGGCAGCCUGUGAUGGUUAACGGAAUGAGGACUGCAAUGGGGAAUAACACCAUUAUGAAUAGACGCAUAGGAAUGGCAUCGCUUGCUCUAGAACAAAGCAUGAAUGGUCAACCACAGGAUAUGGGAAACCAGCUUCUUGGUGGACUAGGGGCUGUAAAUGGGUAUAGUAAUCUCCAAUUUGACUGGAAGCCAUCCCCAUGAAGAAAAGCUAUAUAUAUGAAUCAUCAUUAUAUGGGAUUGGUGGUUAUCUCAGGUGUGGAUGUGCAGUCAUUCAAAUUGUGAGAAUUUGCCAAUGGCCCUGCCAAGAGAUGGCAGGCACCGCAUGGCAAGACAGGUACGGGGCAUAAUGAUUCACACUUUGUACCAAUAUAUUUGCUUUUUAUUAAUAUUAUACGAAAAGGAAAGUCUGAUGGCUGGUGAUGGUGAUAGGGGCAGGUUGUCUGUGAUUCCAAAUGUAACCUGUCUAUUUCUAUAGUUCUUCUUCUUCUUCUUCUAAUAUUUGGUCUUUUUAGCAAUUUUGAUUGCCUUACCUUCAUUUGGAAGAAAUCCAAAAAUGGGUUACAGAGUGGUGGCUAACUGAAGGAAGUUUGAAUUCUGGUGAAUGAAUAACCUGAGAAUGUACUGAAAAAACAAAUCAAGUGGUUUGGAUUUACUACUGUUUUGGGGAACUAAAAUGGGGACCCACCCAGAUGCUUAAUCUAGAAACAAACCACAUGGAAGGGCGAAACAAGGUUGCCCCCUCUUGGUCUUCUUGGCAUAUAGAAUCUAUUUGACCUUCUUGAAUUUGCAACAAAUUUGAUGAAUGAUUUCACA